AUGUUGGAACAGGUAUGGGUAGCUGAGCUGAUGCUUGCUGAUAUGGAUCCAGCUAUUUUUGUGCCUGUCUUCAAGAAGAGAGACAAGACAACGCGCAAGACCUAUUACGGUAUAAAUUCCCUCCACACAAGCAUUCUCCGGCGGUUUCUGACAACGAGUGAAUCUAGGGCAAGACCAAGCCAAGCAAGGUUCGGCGCCGAACGUGGAUGUACGGACCUAAGAUUAGAACUGCAACGCAAUUUAAGCUCCGCUAUGGCCACCAGUAAUCGGCCGCAGCGCUCGCCUCUGUUCACUGUCGGCCUCUGCGGUCGUUGA